AUGCGGGAAACACUGUUCAAAGAAUUUGCGCUUGUGGGUCUUCCACGUCCUCCUGAAGCCCUCGUCUCAAUCAGUCGGGUAGAGCCCGAGGGCGAAGAGGAACUUUCUUUCACACGCGAUGGAUGGCAAUACGAUGAAGCCGAUCGUACUCGAGAAAUGAGCUGGCUACACAGGGUUUGUGUCCAAAUUACUAUAGCUCUACAUCGUGAUUGGGGGACCUGGGUCGGCGAGAUUGCUUAUGGUUUGCACCUUUCGCUUCGCCAGGCCCUUGAUUACGUAGAUACAGAGGUAGUUGUUUUGCCUACAGUAAUAAGACAGAAUCCACCACAAAAAGCAUACUGGCAUGUUCGAGGGACCAGAAGAGUCGGAGUCUCCAAAGCAGAUGUCCAGAUGGUGUGUUGUGGUGUAAGAGAGGCGUCUCGGUUCUGUGGACUCGAGCUGGACCGAAUCCCGUCAGUUGACGUCGUAGACUCUGAAUUUGGCCCGAAUUGGAGUCCGAAUAUGUGA